GACGCGCAUGCUUCAUCCUCCCCGAUCCCUUCGUGCUUGCUUCAAUCGAGACCCAAACAUUCAUUCGUAUCACGCGCCAGCUCCAAUCGCACCCUGUCGACCCGCUUUCUGACAGGCGGACAAGUCAAGUCGCAAAGAUGUCGCGCCAUCAGAAUGCAGAGGCAGGUCCGAGCAGCGGGCGCAAGAGUAGCACCUCUUCAUCUAGCAUCAAGAGCGUCCCCAAAGGUUUCAAAGAGUCCGAACUCCAAUCCGACUCCAACUUGACAGAUCUCGGCGGAGGUAAACAGAUUUGGAGCAUCAAGUUGCCGGAUGGUGUCAAACCUCGCGAUCUGGACAGAUUGAUCAUCAAGGUACCCCGCGCUGCGGCAAAAGCAGGCGCGCCCCUUGCUACUUUUGAUGCGACGACGGCCACACCUCAAGGCGCCAGCAAAGGCAAAUUGUCGCUCUACUCUUUGGCGCUAGCAUCGAAUGCCUCGAAUGCGCAAGCCAGCAAGGAAGGUCUGACCAGCUCGGGUGGAGCACCGGGCGUGGGAGGUGGAGACUCUGCCGCGCCCACACAAUUGAUAGCCAUGGCGGCGGGGUCAAGUCAGCGAAAGGGGGACGAGGCAGAAAGGACGCAGCAGGUGUACAAUCAUCUGAGCUCAGGGCCUAUGGAGAUGGAAGGUAUGAGGCUGCUGCUUCCCAAAGGUCAAGGAGGUGGACUGCGACUGUCAUCAGCGCCCAUCUCCAAGCAUCUGUACAUUGUGCGCAAUCCUGCUCCGAAGAGCGACGAAGACGCUGCUUCGCAGCCUGUUGCCGCCCUGCCGCCGGUGCCGGAUCCCGGUACAGCAGGCACAGAUCGCAAGCGCAAGCAGCCAUGGGAGAAGCUCCAGGGAUACUUCGAGCCCUCUGGUGCUCGAGGUGGAACAGAUAUGGGACCCGCAACGAAGGUCCCGAAGAUCGAGCUCGCUGAUGAGUCCAGGACCGAGAAGCCAGUCUCCAUCAAGAAGGAGAAGCGCAAGGACAAAGAGAAGCACAAGUCGAGCAAGGCGAAGGCUUGAGCAUCAGUGGUGCCAAAGGCAUCAUCAAUGCGUGCUGCCUACGCAGAAUCGUAUUGCCAUUUUGUGAACCGAAUGAUGCGCUGUACUGUACGAGUGGUGAAGCACUUGUUCUUCAAAGAGAGUAGGUGGGCUGAGAGUUGCUGAUCUGGACAGGCCAUAGUCGACUGCAAGAGGGCUCAAAGCUACCUGCGCUCGCGGAGCUCCAAGUCAGGAACCAUAUGAGGAGGGAAUGGUUUAUCUUCGACCUGCAAAUUCUUUCUGUUCUUUG